AUGGAUUAUCCCUUUUCUUUGCCAAGCAAAAGCAAGCCUUACCACAUUAAUGGCACAUUCGAUUUUGAAGACCCCCUCAUUUCGGACGAAGACCUUCAAUUGUGGGGAGAUUUGGGUUGUUCAGAAUUAGCGAAUUCCUCAAACUCAUUUGCAGGCUCUUCGUCGCCUACUUGGGCACCGCAGUGGAUGGCUGGGAGUGAACAAUAUCAGGAGCUCUCUGCCCCAUCGUCUUUCAAUCCCCAUCCAUCAUUUUCGAGGGAUUUUAAUCCAGACAUGGGACUUCCAAGUCUCUUGACAUCGUUCCCACCGCCGCCUACCUCAACACCAGUCGCUAAGGAAAAAAAUUAUGGCUCUUUAGCGCGGAUAAAUACAGUACAGAACAACGGAAACCAAAUAUUCACUGCGAAUAAUUUGAGCGCGAUGUAUCCGAUUUCGACGUCAAGAGAGUGGGAUAAUCGCUACAAUACAUCAGAUUAUCAAAGGACUGCGGAAAAUGCGACACAAGAUAACAACACAACAUCUUGGCAAUCUCAAAUACUCAACAGCACAAAUUCUUCGCCAUAUCAAAGUGGAGCUACAAAUGGAGCAUCACGAAGCGAUACUGUCAGCACGCAAUGGCAACCUCAAAGUUACAAUUACGAAGCUCCCUCGUUUAUAACAUACAAGCCCAAACUCCCUUCACAUCCAAGCUCACAUACCCCUUCGCAAAAGCCCACGACGACAGAAUACCCACCUCAAUCUCAAAAUUCCAGUGUCUCAGACUCAACAUCCCAAGCUGAAUCACACUGGAAACCCCCAAACCAUCCUCUCGAAACCAUCACUCCGUUCAUAAACUCCACCCCCUUUGCCUCCACCCUAACAAACACCUUUCACUUUUUCCACUCUCACUCUCUCCUAUACAAAUCGGGCGUUACGCCUCAUGAACUACAAAUGCAUCUUGCCGCUGGCUCCUGCGGCGUUACUAUCCACGGCACUGUUUCCAUUCCCGAAAACACCAACUGUUACCAAAAUGGUACACUCGGCCUCAUUAUUUCUCAAGAAAUGCCUCUUACUCCCCGUUUGUAUUUGCCCACCCAGAGGAAGAAGAUUUCCGAAUCAAUGCGUCAGGUUGUGUCGGAGUUGCAUGAAAAGGGCAUUGUCCAUGGUGAUAUUUAUUUUUCGAAUUUUCUGCUCUGUGCUUCUGGAAAUUCGACCGAUCAGGUCAGUGUUAAAUUGAGUAAUUUUCACGAUUCCCUCUUUAUUUUGAGUUCCUCUUCUCAAGCUUCAAUCGAUCAUGAAAAAGAAGAACAAUGGACACCAAUUCUCAACGGCAAGAUAGUCUCUCCAAAUCGAGCAAAUGAGUGGAUGAAAGGAAGAGAUAGGAAAGCGACCAAAGAAGAUGAUCUGUACGCGUUGGGGAUAUGUAUGUGGGAACUUUGGAGUGGGAAGAGGUACGAUGAAACAUGUGGGAUUUGGGGAGAUGUGAGGAGGGGUGACCUAAAAGGAAGAGGGGUAGAUAUGAAGGGGAUUGGGGAUAAGGGGGUUAGAGCAUGGGUUAGGGCGUGGUUGAGAGGCGGGGGAGCAAUUGUUUGA